UGGGUUUGAAAGCAAGCCCAAGAACAAGCUCAUUUCCCGCUCUGGUGGAGAAGCAGGAGGAAGUGUUUUACUGGGAGAUGAUGACAGAGGUCAGCCUUUGCUAAUGGGCCAGUGAAGAACAGUGGAGGCGAGGCACAAGAAGCGAGUACACAUACAUUAAUACACUUGAACCAUCACCAAUCAGCAUAGGUGUGCUCUGUGGCUGGCACUGCACUCACACACUGACUGCCUCUCUCUCUCUCUCCUGCACCCACUGACAGCCUCGCUUACUGUCAAUCUCUGUCUCCUCUUCAGAAGGCAAGCAAACAUCGAGCCUCGGUGCCUGGGAACACAGCUUUUAUUUCCUGGUCAGUACACAAGGACAGCAAGGCUCAUCUUUUGCUCAGCUUCACCCUAAUUUAUCCAGGGGAGUGUGUCAGCCUGGGAUGCCUCUGAAAGAGGGGAAAUACUAGGAGCAGAUGCUGAGGUGCGCACUUACUUUGGGAGAAGAAACACAAUUUUUAGAAUUCAGCAAAGCGACCACGUGGGAAUAUAGUGCAAGCAGGCAAAAUGCAGAACAGUCACAGCGGCGUUAACCAACUCGGUGGCGUGUUUGUCAACGGCAGACCCCUGCCCGACUCUACCAGGCAGAAGAUAGUGGAGCUGGCUCACAGUGGAGCAAGACCCUGCGACAUCUCCAGGAUCCUUCAGAGCCAUGCAGAUGCAAAAGUUCAAGUGCUGGAUAGUCAAAACGUCUCCAACGGCUGCGUGAGUAAGAUUUUGGGGAGGUAUUACGAGACUGGAUCCAUCAGGCCCAGAGCCAUCGGGGGCAGCAAACCCAGGGUGGCCACCCCAGAAGUGGUUAGCAAAAUAGCCCAGUAUAAGAGAGAGUGCCCCUCCAUCUUUGCGUGGGAGAUCCGGGACAGGUUGCUGUCUGAAGGCGUCUGUACCAACGACAACAUCCCUAGUGUAUCGUCGAUAAACCGAGUGCUGCGCAACCUGGCUAGCGAGAAGCAACAGAUGGGCGCAGAUGGCAUGUAUGACAAGCUGAGGAUGCUGAACGGACAGACGGGCACUUGGGGGACCCGGCCAGGGUGGUACCCGGGCACGUCAGUGCCAGGCCAGCCGACGCAGGAAGGCUGUCCGCAGCAAGAAGGUGGGGGAGAAAACACAAACUCUAUCAGUUCCAAUGGGGAAGAUUCAGAUGAGGCGCAAAUGAGGCUCCAGUUAAAAAGGAAGCUCCAGAGAAACAGAACAUCAUUCACCCAAGAACAAAUAGAAGCACUAGAAAAAGAAUUCGAACGAACCCAUUAUCCUGAUGUGUUUGCCAGAGAAAGAUUAGCUGCCAAAAUAGACUUGCCAGAAGCUAGAAUACAGGUAUGGUUUUCUAAUCGGCGAGCAAAAUGGAGAAGAGAAGAAAAGUUGCGGAACCAGAGGAGGCAAGCCAGCAACACACCCAGUCACAUCCCUAUUAGCAGUAGUUUCAGCACUAGCGUCUACCAACCAAUACCACAACCCACCACGCCAGUGUCCUCAUUCACAUCAAGUUCUAUGUUGGGAAGAACAGACACAGCACUUACAAACACAUACAGUGCGUUGCCACCAAUGCCUAGUUUUACCAUGGGAAAUAACCUGCCUAUGCAACCCCCUGUACCCAGCCAGACUUCCUCCUACUCAUGCAUGUUGCCCACAAGUCCAUCUGUGAAUGGGCGGAGCUAUGAUACAUACACACCUCCCCACAUGCAGACACACAUGAACAGCCAGCCAAUGGGCACCUCUGGUACAACCUCUACAGGUCUCAUUUCCCCUGGAGUGUCAGUCCCAGUACAAGUACCCGGGAAUGAACCUGACAUGUCUCAGUACUGGCCAAGAUUACAGUAAAAACCGUGUUAAUUUAACCAAUGACUUUAUGGAAAACAGUUGGAUGUUCAGCAGUAUUUUAUAAAAAUCCAGGGACUGGCUUGGAAAAGAUAAAGAAAAAAAAAAAAAUCAAAAAGACUUCUCUGGACAGCGACUGUAUAUUGAUAAUAUUGGGAAAGACUGCACAACAGACAUUUGCACACUGAAAGCGGUAUCUAUAUCAGUUGGAUCAAACCUUCAUUUUGAUAUCCAAACUUUUAUCCAUUUGAUGUACUCUUUGUAAACUGACUCUGUUAUGUGAUAUUGAACAGAACAACGCAGGCGGGUAGUCCGGAUCUGCUCUCUGUUGAUCAUUAUUUUUUAUUUUAUUUUAUUUUUUAUUGGAAGCCAUGAUCAAGCCACGAAUUUAAAGAGGUUUUUAUCAAGAUAUAUAUCGUCCCUUGAUUUUGUCCAUCCUUGGACCAAUUUUCCUAAUUUUUGUAUCAACUUCCCUUGGGCCAGUUGCCGGAAAA